AAUGCGUAUAUGUCAUUGUUGUGACAGUUGCGCUUGUGUGAAGUAAUUAAAUAUGUAAGCUUAUCAAUAAUAAGAUUUUGUCUUAAAUGGACAGUGAUAUUAUUUGUCAAAAUUAGUAUAGUUUUUCUAUGAAAACAAAUUCCAAUUGAUUUUCUACUAGGAAAUUACAAUUUCAACUAGUUGAAUUCACAUUUUAUAUAUAUAUGUCUUUUAUUAAUUUUCUACUGUGCCGGGGAUAUACAAAAAAGUGAAUGUUAUCUAUUACAAAAAGAAAAUGAUUCUCCGUUGCUGUAUUUCAAUUUUAAUUAAUAUUAUUUUCCUUGUCGAUUAUUCGUCGGCAAACUAUGAUCAUCAUUCUAAAAAAUUUGAACCAAAUUGGGAUAGUUUGGAUAAACGACCCUUGCCUACUUGGUAUGAAGAUGCUAAAUUUGGUAUUUUCAUUCAUUGGGGAGUUUUUAGUGUUCCCAGUUUUGGAUCUGAAUGGUUUUGGUACAAUUGGAAAGCUGGAAAUCCAAUUUACACCGAUUUUAUGAAGAAGCGUUAUCAUCCAAAUUUUGCCUAUCAAGAUUUUGCUAAAGAUUUUACUGCUGAAUUUUUUAAUGCCACACAAUGGAGUGAAAUUUUUCAAGCAUCUGGAGCAAAAUAUGUAAUUUUAACGAGUAAACAUCAUGAAGGCUAUACAUUGUGGCCUUCAAAAUAUUCUUUCAGUUGGAAUGCUAAGGACGUUGGUCCACAACGAGAUCUAAUAAGUGAAUUGGCAAAAGCGAUUCGUAGUAAGACAAAUUUAACAUUUGGUCUUUAUCAUUCUCUCUAUGAAUGGUUUAAUCCUUUAUAUCUUGAAGAUAAAAAAAAUAAAUUCACAACUAAUAGUUUUGUUACACAAAAAAUAAUUCCUGAAUUAAAUGAACUUGUUGAUUUAUAUAAGCCGGAAGUAAUUUGGUCGGAUGGUGAUUGGGAGGCACCGGAUACUUAUUGGGAGUCAAAGGAAUUUUUAAGUUGGCUUUAUAAUUAUAGUCCAGUUAAGGAAACUGUUGUUGUUAAUGAUAGAUGGGGAAGAGAUAUUCCCUGUCAUCAUGGAGAUUUUUAUACAUGCACUGAUCGUUACGAUCCUGGAGUUUUGCAAGUUCAUAAAUGGGAAAAUUGUAUGACAAUUGAUCGAAAAUCAUGGGGAUUUCGAAGAAAUGCUGAUUUAAAAGAUUACAUGUCUGUUAAGGAAUUAAUACGAGAAUUGGUCAUUACUGUCAGUUGUAAUGGAAAUUUAUUGAUGAAUGUUGGUCCAACAAAAGAGGGAAUAAUUUCACCUAUUUUUGAGGAAAGACUUCGUGAAAUGGGACAUUGGUUAUCAAUAAAUGGAGAAGCAAUUUAUAAAACGAAACCAUGGGAUGUUCAAAAUGAUACUUUGUCUGGUGAUGUUUGGUAUACACAAAAUAAAGAUGGUACAAAAUUAUAUGCAAUACUUCUUUCAUGGCCAAAAAAUAAUAAUUUGGGAUUAUCGGCAAUUAAUAUUCCGGCAUUAACUCCGAUAAAUCUUCUUGGUUAUCCAUACGAACUUACGUGGGAACAGCGCUCAAAUUAUCUUCUCAUUGAUUUGCCAGUAGAAGCCCACAAAGGUUAUCCUGCUUGGGUUGUAGUGAUAAACAAAUAUUUGUAAUUAUUACCAGAUUUUACAAUUUUACACCUUGUUAUAAAAUUGAUUUGCUGUACUUUUUGAUAAAUGUGCUUACAAAUCGUGAA